GUCAAUACUCAUACCCCCAAUAAAUACCCCCUUCAGUUCCUCGCACUAUCACCACAAUCUAGAUUCAGGAACAACGAAAGAAAAGAACGUACUCUUUUAUUAGCCUUUAUUUUCUAACAUCUUUUUCUUGCAAAAAGAAGCUAUGGGCAAGGAUGUUGAAGUUGGAGGCCACGGCGGCGAGUUCCAUGCCAAGGACUACCAUGACCCGCCACCCGCACCAUUGAUUGAUGCCGAGGAGCUUACCAAAUGGUCUUUUUACAGAGCUAUUAUUGCUGAGUUUAUUGCCACGCUCUUGUUUUUGUACAUCACUGUGUUGACUGUCAUUGGCUACAAGAGUCAGACUGACCCUGCCAAGAACGCUGAUGCUUGUGGUGGAGUUGGUAUUCUUGGCAUCGCUUGGGCCUUCGGUGGCAUGAUUUUCAUUCUCGUUUACUGCACUGCCGGUAUUUCAGGUGGACACAUCAAUCCCGCUGUGACUUUUGGGCUGUUUUUGGCAAGAAAGGUGUCUUUGGUGAGAGCCAUAAUGUACAUGGCAGCUCAGUGUUUAGGUGCCAUAUGUGGAUGUGGGCUAGUGAAAGCAUUCCAGAGGGCUUAUUACAAUAGAUAUGGUGGUGGAGCUAAUGAGCUUGCUGAUGGCUACAGCACGGGCACAGGAUUAGGAGCUGAGAUUAUUGGUACUUUUGUUCUUGUCUACACUGUCUUCGCUGCUACUGAUCCCAAGAGAAAUGCCAGAGAUUCUCAUGUUCCUGUCUUGGCACCACUUCCAAUUGGGUUUGCCGUCUUCAUGGUUCACUUGGCUACGAUUCCUGUCACUGGCACUGGAAUCAACCCAGCAAGGAGUUUCGGAGCUGCUGUAAUCUACAACAAGGAGAAGGCAUGGGAUGACCAGUGGAUUUUCUGGGUUGGACCUUUCAUUGGUGCUGCAAUUGCUGCAAUCUACCACCAAUAUGUGUUGAGAGCAUCUGCUGCCAAGGCUCUUGGGUCAUUCAGGAGCAGUUCCAACAUAUAAUUUUACAAGAGAAUAUGUGGUCACCAUAAAAUUUCUGGCCAUUCCGAGUUUUAUCUGGUCCUUUGUUUAUGAUUAUGUGUACAUUAUUAUGUAUGAUUAUUAUCUCUGAGUGUGCUUGGGGACUUGUUUUAUUUGUGCCCAAAUGUUGCAUCCACUUUCUUCAUCUCAUUUUGCUUUUCCAUUUUAGUGGCUUUGUACUCAUGAAGAAGAUGUUGAAAAAAUUUAUGAUCAAAUGCUUUGUGUCAA